AUGAUGUUCUUCAGCACUCUUCCGCUCGCUGCUGUCCUUGCCGCCUGCUCCGCGGCGCUUGCGAGCCCUGCCGUGACGUCCACUACGACGGUGACGUUUAUCAACCGUAUCAAUACCGUGACGUACGACACCACCACUACGGUCACCGCAACUUCUUAUACGACGUCUACCACCCCGACUACCACAACGUUCACUAGUACCACGUCGACUACGACUGUGACGCCGACUACCACUACGACUACCGUGAUCGUGUAG